AUGGCUGCGCUCCUCCGCCUCGCGAGUCGAACCCGCCCCUCGCCCUCGCUCCUCCGCCACCACCACCCGUCGGCUCUCGCCAGCGCAGCCCUCCCCGCCCGCUCGCUCCACGUCCGCAGCGUGUCCAUCCUCAGCGGCAUCGGCAGGCUCGCAGGCCGCACAGCCGGCCGCGGCGCACUCGGUCUCGGCGUCGGCGCCGGCGCUCUCACCUGGGCAGAGUACAAGAACGCUGUCGGCACCCUGUCCGACAUCAACGACAAGCUCGGCACCGCCUACAACGUCGCCUCGACCUCGAUCGCCUCGACCUUCCACUCGCUCACCCAGCAGGGCGGCGACACGAUCGACUCGGUCUCCGAGACGGCCUCGACCCUGUGGGCUGGCGCCACCGUCGGCGUCGAGUCGCGCCUGUCGAACUUUCGCGACCGGUUCCGCCAGGCGUUCGAGCGCGACGACGCCGCCGAGCAGCGCGACGAUGCCGACGCGGCUUCGGCCUCGGCCUCGAGCAGCGGUCGCGGCCAGGGGCCCUCGCCGGACCCGACCCCGGCGGCGACCCUUGCCGCCGCCAUGGCGGCCGCGGCCCCGGUCCUCGUCGACGCCGACGAGCCCGCCGCCGACUCGAGCGAGGACCUCAUGCUCCUCACGCGCAAGCUCAUCGAGAUCCGCUCGAUCCUGUUGAGCAUCGGCGAGGAGGCCGGCCUCACGCUGCCCUCGAUUGUCGUCGUCGGCAGCCAGAGCAGCGGCAAGAGCAGCGUCCUCGAGGCGAUCGUCGGUCGCGAGUUCCUCCCCAAGGGCGACAACAUGGUCACGCGGCGCCCGAUCGAGCUCACCCUCAUCCACACCCCGGCCACGCCGUCCAACCCUCGCCCGACGACGUUCGCCGAGUUCCCGUCGCUCGGCCCGGGCCACAUUACCGACUUUGGGCUCGUCCAGAACACGCUCGUCGACCUCAACCUGUCGGUGCCCGCCGAGCAGUGCGUGUCGGACUCGCCCAUCCAGCUCCGCAUCCACUCGCCGCACGUUCCCGACCUCAGCCUCGUCGACCUGCCUGGCUACGUCCAGGUCGCGAGCAUGGACCAGCCCGAGGAGCUCAAGGACAAGAUCGCCGCCCUGUGCGACAAGUACAUCCGCUCCCCCAACAUCAUCCUCGCCGUCUGCUCGGCCGACGUCGACCUCGCCAACUCGCCCGCCCUGCGCGCCGCCAAAAAGGUCGACCCGCUCGGCAUGCGCACGAUCGGCGUCGUCACCAAGAUGGACCUCGUCGAGCCCGCGCAGGGUGCCGCCAUCCUGUCGAACAACCGGUACCCGCUCGCCCUCGGCUACGUCGGCGUCGUCUGCCGAGCGGCCAAGCAGCACUCGCGCUCGCUCCUCAAGCGCAGCAACGGCGCGAGCGACGAGGGCAGCCUCGUCGGGCCGAUCCGGGCCCAGGAGGAGGCCUUCUUCGGCGGCAACGGCGAGGCCUUCUCGCGCGAGGGCCUCCAGGUCGGCACCGACACGCUCAAGAAGCGGCUCAUGCACGUCCUCGAGGAGUCGAUGGCGUCGUCGCUGCACUCGAUCUCAAACGCCGUCGCGCUCGAGCUCGAGGAGGCGACGUACCAGUUCAAGGUCCAGUACAACGACCGCACGAUCAGCGCCGAGUCGUACGUCGCCGAGACGCUCGACCUCCUCAAGGCCCGCAUCGGCGCCCUUGGCAAGAGCUUCGCCAAGAAGGACGUGCGCCGCCUCCUCAAGUCGUCGCUCGACGAGCAGGUCCUCGACCUCCUCGCGUCGCAGUACUGGAUCGACCAACGCGCACCCGAGCUCGGCACCCUCGCCAACGACCGCUCCGUGUCGCCCGAGGAGCUCGACGUCUACUGGCACCGCAAGCUCGACGCCCUCUCGUCGUCGCUCACCAAGUCGGGCGUCGGUCGGGCCGCCACCCAGCUCGUCGUCGACGCCAUCCGCGCCCGCCUCGCGACCCUCGCUCGCGAGGAGCCCCUCCUGUACCACCCGGACGCGGCCGACCGCAUCGCCGCGACGGCCGACGCCAUCCUGCGCGAGCGGUUCACGCUCACGAGCGAUCAGGUCGAGAACAGCGUCAAGCCGUUCAAGUACGAGGUCGAGGUCGAGGGCCGCGAGUGGGAGCACGGCCGGCUCGAGGCCGUCGGCCUCCUCGAGCGCGAGCUCGGCAUGUGCGACUCGGCGCUCGCCAAGAUCAGGGACGCCGUCGGCGGGAGGAAGUUGCGGGGCGCGAUGGAGUACGUCGCCGAGAUCGAGGAGAAGGAGCGCAGGAGGAAGGAGCGCAGGAGAGAGGCGAGGGCGGCGGGGCAGGAGGACUGGGACGAGCUCGAGGAGGACCUCGCCGACCCGACACGGCCCGCGUUCAACCCGGCGCUCUUGGCCAAAGCUCGCGAGGCCAUGUUCCUCUCGUCGCGCUCGUCCAUCUUGCGGCUCCGAGUACUCGCCCUCAAGUCGAGGCGGUGCAAGGCCGGGCCCGAGCAGAAGGCGUUCUGCCCCGAGGCGUUCCUCAACGUCGUCGCCGACAAGCUCUCGAGCACGGCGGUCCAGUUCAUCAACAUCGAGCUUCUCGUCGAGUUCUUCUACCAGUUCCCUCGCGACCUCGACAACCGACUGUCGCACGACCUCGACCGCGCCGAGGUGCUGCGCUUUGCUCGCGAGAACCCUGUCAUCGCCCAACACCUCGCGCUGCAGGACCGCAAGGAGAAGCUCGAGUUGGUCGCCGACAAGCUCGACAGCCUCGUCAAGCUGCAGCGCGACAAGGCGCAGCAGCAGAACCCUCGGCGCCCAGGACAGCAGCACGACUCGCGCCGAGGUUUGUUUGGCAUGUUUUGA